AUGCAGACGCCGGGGCGAGCGGGGAGGAUGGAGGCCGGGGAGGCAGCGCCGCCGGCGGGGGCGGGCGGCCGCGCGCCGGGCGGCUGGGGCAAGUGGGUGCGGCUCAACGUGGGGGGCACGGUGUUCCUGACCACCCGGCAGACGCUGUGCCGGGAGCAGAAGUCCUUCCUCAGCCGCCUGUGCCAGGGGGAAGAGCUGCAGUCGGAUCGGGAUGAGACUGGGGCCUACCUCAUUGACCGUGACCCCACCUACUUUGGGCCCAUCCUGAACUUCCUCCGGCAUGGCAAGCUGGUGCUGGACAAGGACAUGGCCGAGGAGGGGGUCCUAGAGGAAGCUGAGUUCUACAACAUCGGCCCGCUGAUCCGCAUCAUCAAAGACCGGAUGGAGGAGAAGGACUAUCCCGUCACACAGGUCCCCCCCAAGCACGUGUACCGCGUGCUGCAGUGCCAGGAGGAGGAGUUGACGCAGAUGGUCUCCACCAUGUCAGACGGCUGGCGCUUCGAGCAGCUGGUGAACAUCGGCUCCUCCUACAACUAUGGCAACGAGGACCAGGCUGAGUUCCUGUGCGUGGUGUCCAAGGAGCUCUACACCUCCCCGCACGGGCUGAGCUCUGAGUCCAGCCGCAAAACCAAGAGCACGGAGGAGCAGCUGGAGGACGAGCGGCGGCAGGAGGUGGAACAGGUGCAGGUGGAGGCAGGUACACAGGAGAAAGCCCAGUCCUCCCAGGAGCCCGCUAACCUUUUCUCCCUCCCGCCACCGCCGCCUCCUCCGCUUCCCGCGGGAGGCCCCGCCUCAUCUUCAUCCACCUCUUCCUCCUCCUGGAUCUCAUCUGCACCCUGCCUCUUCCCUCUCUGCCCCUGUCCGGGUUUCCUCUCUGCCUGCUCACGCCUCCAUCCCCGGGCCGCCCCGGCCCCCGCCUCCCGCGCCCUCCACCCAGGCGCCCCGACAUUUGACGAACAGACCGGGCAGGAAGCGGAGGCUCGCACAGUCGAGAGCGUGAGGGGGAGUCGACCACCAGCUGCUGGCCCUCCUCUUCCUCCUGUUGCCCUCCCCGGGGCAGAUGUCAGGGAGCAGGUCGGGGACCACGGGACGCCACCCCCUGCCUCUGCGGGGCCCUGCUUGCCCCCAGAAAACUCGCUCCCCUGCCUCGUGGGUGCCCUGGCCACUUGA